AUUCAAAGAAAGCCCGCCCCCGCCGCGCUCGCGCUGCGCCGGGCCGUCACGUGGGGCUGGCGGGCCCGGGCGUGCGCGCGGCGUUCCGGUUCCGGGCGCGGCGGGGUCGCCAUGGCGAGCAACGCCGCCAGCCUGAACGCCGUGAGGGAGACCAUGGACGUUCUGUUUGAGAUUUCAAGAAUAUUAAACACUGGCUUGGAUAUGGAGACGUUGUCUAUUUGUGUGCGGCUUUGUGAACAAGGGAUAAAUCCAGAAGCCCUGUCUUCUGUUAUUAAAGAGCUGCGCAAGGCUACAGAAGCUCUGAAGGCUGCUGAAAAUAUGACAGGCUGACAUGGGAGAAGAUCUCUGCAUGAGAAGAAUGCCAAGUUAAACUUACCAGGAGCUCUGAAGAUUGCCAGUAUUAAGAAAAAAAAAUUAAUAAGUGUAUGUGAAGGUUUCAGAGUACUUCUGUAAUACUUUUCAAGAGAAUGGUGUAUAUAAUAGCUUUGAAAAGUUUUUUAAAAGUUCACCAGUAAUAUUAUUGGUAUUUUUGUGAACUGUUUGUGAAUGUAGUGCAAUUGUUUUCUUUGGCAUCCUGUACAUCUAAAAUCACGCCAGAUACUGUACAUUUGUUGAAUUUAUUAGUGUGUACCAACAAGCCUUGUUAGAAUGAGGCAGUUUUGUUAAUGCAUCCUUUAGAAGUGGUAGUAUGUCAUGGGUUUUAUCUUUUGCUUUGGUGAAAAGCUACAUGUGCAAUUUUAGUCUUGCUUUAUGGUCCAGAUAGGAAUGAAGCCCAUAGUGACUUUACUUUAGAGCAAGGGCAGUAACUUAAAUCUCAAGCUGAAAGUAAUAAAUAAAGCAUUUUUUUAAUAAUGUAGGUCA